UGUAGCUUUGCGCCUUUCCUGGAACUCACUUUACUUUUUAAAUUUUUAACAGAAAAAUUUUCUUUCAACAUUUUCUUCUUCCAAAUAACAAUUGUACAUUAGAAGAACAAUAUAGGGGGCCUGCGCGGCGCCUGCGUGCUCAGUGACCUUUCCCUGUCUAGUGGAUUCUGUUGUGGCCUGUGGCCUUGGUCUUGCUGAGAUGCUUCAAAACCUUAUUAAGAAUGUCUGGGUCCCCAUGAAACCCUACUAUACCCAGGUUUACCAGGAAAUUUGGAUGGGAAUGGGGUUAAUGAGCUACAUCGUUUAUAAAAUCAGGAAAGCUGAUAAAAGAAGUAACGCUGUGAAAGGCUCCAGUCCUGCACCUGCCCAUGGCCAUCAUUAACCGCUCCCUGAGUCCACUCACGAUGAAUCCUGUCGGCUAAACUUAAGCAAGCUGUGUUAGGUGGGAACAUGGAACAUCGCUGAGCACUUACCUAAGUACCAUUUACAAUGUAGCAUUAAUAAAUGUAUGUGAGUUGCACGAUAAAAAAAAAAAAAGAACAAUAUAGAAAUUUUGUAUUGAGUCACCUUUCAGUGUAUUAUUUCCUUUUUAAACGAACUGUGUCUUCAAACUGCAAGGAUUAUAGAUAUAUGGCCUAGGCCCAAUUCUCUGUGUCAUCUGUUUUGAUGCAAAACAACCUUUCUGUAUCCAAAUACAGCAAAGACCACUGCUAUCAGGAUGACAAAGAUUGGUAGGAUGAAGUUGUUUUUGUAAUGGUAAGAAUGGUGACACUGCCUUAUUUAAAUAAGAAUUUUAUAAUCAUGCACCUGAAGUUUUGCUAUUUAACAUAUUUUCUUUUCUUCCUUGUGGUGGGAUGGUCUUUCUGUACACUGUGAAUAUGUUGCUACUAUUGGUUAAUAAAGAAGCUGCUUUGACCUAUGGCAAGACAGGUUAUACCACGUGGGAAAUACCACGUGGGAAAUCCAAACAAAGAUACAGGAAGAAAGGCAGGGUCAGGGGAGAUGCUCGAGCCAUCACCUGAGAGGCAAGAUGUAAUGCAACACAGGUAAAGUCACGAGAUAUGUGGGCGAUACAUAGAUGAAUAGAAAUAGGUCAAUUUAAGAUAAAAGAGCUAGUUAGCAAUAAACCCGAGCCAUAGACCAAACAGUUUAUAAUUAAUAUAAGCCUCUGUGUAUUUAUUUGGGACUGAAUGGCUGCAGGACACAGGAAAACUUACGGUUACACUUCCUGAUAAUCUUUUGAAAAAUUACUGCAUUUUCCCAUUUAAAAAAAAAUAUAUGUAUGUAUGGGUAUUAAACAUGCAUAUAUGUCUGUUCACCAUGUGCCUGUGGAAGCAUCAGAUCCCUGGAACUGGAGUUAGAUGGUUGUGAGCCACCAUGUGGGUGCUGGUAAUAAAGCCCAGUCCUUGGCAAGAGCACCAGGAACUCUGAAUUGCUGAGCCAUUUUCUAGACACUAAAACAUUUUAACUUAUUUUAAAAAAUUACGUGUGAAUGUGUGGUGAUAUAUUGUGUACCCUAAUAAAAUCCACCUGAAGAUCAGAGGACACAGAACAAGCCACUAGAUUAAACGCAGAGCCAGGUAGUGGUGGCAUACACCUUUAAUCCUAUCACUUGAGAGGUAGAGAUCGUUUGGACCUCUUUGAGUUCAAAGCUACCUUGGACUACAUGAGACUGACUUAGCCUAGGAGAGAAACAGAGCCAGAGAGUGGUGGCACACACCUUUAUUCUCAGCACUAGGAAACUUGAGACAGGAAAUGAUAAGGGUGGGCAGAGAAAGGUAUAUAAGGUAUGAGGAGACAAAAACUAAAGUUUUUUGGCCUGAGGAAAGCUUUUCAGGCUGAGGAGUCCUAGAGGUAAAGGGUGGCUUGCUCUUUUGUCUCUCUGAUCUUUCACCCCAAUAUCAGGCUGCGAGUUUUUUAUUAAGACCAUUUAGGAAUUCAUGUUACAUCAUGUGUAUGUAUGUGUCUGUGCAUGUUAGUGCAGAUGCCUGAGGAAGACACAAGAGGGAGCUCCAUCCCUUGGAACUGAAGUUAUAGGAGGUUGUAACCCACCUGAUCUGGGUGCUGGCAAUGGGAACAAGCUCUGAGCCAUGUCUUUAAAUCCCAUGUUUUAAUGUUUAAAACGUAGCAUGCAUGCAUGCAUGUAUGUAUGUAUGUAUGUAUGUAUGUAUGUAUGUAUGUACGUACGUAUGUACGUAUGUACGUACGUCUGUCUGUGUGGUGAAGUUAAAGGUUGAACUUGUGGAGUUGGUUUUUUACUUCUACCAUGUGGGUUGCCAGGGCUGAACUCAGGUGGUUAGAUAUGGUGGCAAGUGCCUUUACUGCUGAGCCAGCCUGCUUCCUGGUAUUUUAACUGUAUGCUUAGACUAAUGUGGUUAUAUUUUAUCUGUGCACUCCAAUAAAGCUUAUCUGAGGAUCAGAGGACAGAGCCAGUCACUAUAUUAAACAUAGAGGUCAGGCAAUGGUAGCACACACCUUUAAUCCUAGCAUUUGGGAGGCAGAGAUUCACCUGGACCUCUGUGAGUUCAAGGCCACACUGGGAAAAGAGCCAGGCGUGGUGGCACAUGCCUUAAAUUCCAACACUAGUUAACAAUAGAGGUCUGAGGGUCUGUACAGACAGAAAGUAAUAGAGCUGGGCAGAGAGAGGAAGUAAGAGGGCAGGACACAGAAAGGCAUAUAGGCAUGGGUAUAUAGGAAGUAGUCUCUGGAGGCUGAGGAGUCGGUAAGGGGAGGUUGGUUGUGGCUUGUCCUAGUCCUCUGAUCUUUCAGUUUCCACCCCAAUAUCUGGCUCUGGGUUUUUUACUAAUAAGACUGUUUAGCAAUUCGUCUUACAGACUAAGAUUCACCAAAAUCCAUGUUCUCUCUCUCUUAAAAUACCUUGCAUUUACACAGCAUUUUAUAGUUAUCAAAUGCAGCAAGAGAUAAGAAAUGUGCUGGGUAUAAAUUUGCUUGUUUUGGAAGACUUCUAAUUUCUAUGAUUUCACAUUAAUAAUGAAACCUGCCAUGAUAAGGUGCAACUCUAUUCCUAUAACUGAUUGCAUUCCAGGGACAAUUUCUCCUUAGGAUAUCUUACCAUGAAAUUCUAAUUGCUAACUGAUACGAAAGCUUAACUGUUAAGCGGACAAAGUUAGAGGUCUGAAUUCUGUUUUAAUAUCUGAUUAAAAAGAAUGACACAGGAAUAUGGUAAUUUCCCUAAGAAAAUCAAAUGUAACCAGGAUGACAUUUUUGCACCCAGAAAGGUUGGCUCUACAGUAAGUGAAUACUGGGCUGAGUUAGAAAUAGAGCACAUUGUUCUGCUUUCAGUUGCUAGCUCCUUUGCAUUAGCCAUAGAAGAACCCAGGCACUGUUAAUCCUUAGAUACUCAUUAAAAGUUUCAACAAGACUGAGACAUUCAGUUUUAUCAAGACAACAUCCAGAGAAGUAAGUCAGACUUUUUAGUGGGUGGAUCAAUUUGUCCCCCACCCCAGAAUAUCUAUUUAAUUAAAGCAACAUGCAAAAGAUGAGUUUUUAAUACACAUGGAUUAUAUUCACAUCUUCCACUUGAACUUGAAUAUUAAAGUGAUUGAGUAUGACUUUUAGGAACAGCUUAAUACAUAUAUUUCUAAUGUAAUCCAACCAUUAAAGUAGACUAACACAUAAUAACAGUAGACCAACACAUAAUAGCAAGGAGGGAGAGUAACCUGGAAUGGGAAAAUCAAAACAGCAACAAGAACAACAAUAAACAUUCACCAUAAGCCAUACCCCAAUAUUGCUAAGUCUCUGUCCCCUGAGGCCAUAGUGGAGCUACCAAAGAACCUGGGAAAGACACUUUACACAGUUAGAAGCCUAACACACAGAUGUGAGCCCAGUGUAGUCUGAAAACCCAGGCAUGGGAAACUAAUGGGUACCACAGGAACCUAGACACCUCUUUUGACCAACAUAUAUACUAAAGAUGAAGAUCCUGCAUGCUUACUACCUAAAAUUAAGGAGACCGAAGGACUGAAUGUCAAGACAAGUGAAUGGGAUCUUGGCAGCACUGUUCUUAUUUUGGCAAGAACAGGGGCUGCCAAGACAAAAAAGGCUACCAGCCCACAGUGACCCAAGGUUGCUGAUUUUUUCUUUUUGGUUUUCUUCAAGACAGGGUUUCUCUGUGUAGUUUUGGUGCCUAUCCCUGAUCUCACUCUGUAGAUCAGACAGGCCUUAAACUCACAGAGUUCCACCUGGCUCUGCCACCCAAGUGCUGGGAUUAAAGGCAUGCCACCACCGCCUGGUGUGAUUUCUUAAUGAGAUGAAGAUGGAAGACAGCUAAGAAACAUCUGAAAUGAUAUUAUAUUUGAAAUGAAGAGGUAUAAAUAAUGAUUUUCAUAUCAAUCACUCCCAACCACCAAACCCC